GCGUCUCGGCGGAUGUGUGUCGCGAUCGUGGACACUUGGCGGCGGCUGGUUCGCCCGUACGACCAGCCCGCGUUCAGAAUCUUGCGGUCCGUGAGGGACCACAUCUGGGACUUCGACACUAUAUCGACUGAGUUGAACGUUGUGCACGCGCAGGUCGAGCGGAAACAUCUGUUGGGACAGGAAGCUCGGAAGCGACGCGGGCGCGCACUUCAGCUGAGAACCCUCGGAGCCACAACUUACGCUGCCGCCAUCCGCCGAGACGCUCGCAACCUGACAGUGCGAUGCAUUACAGAGUGCGUCGGCGAGAAGAACGUUAGGCGGUACAACCAGGUCCUGCACGCUUUCAAGACCUCCAAGAAUCUGAAAGGCAAGAACCCGCUCAAGCGGAAGAGGCGCCACUGGGGCAGCGCGUUCAGGAAGAAGAGGAAGGUCAGGGCCUACGACAUGUUCAUCAGUCACAACUUUGAGAGGGGAAAUGGUGAGCCAGAUGCAGUCGCCGCGGGCUCUUCCGCCGAGAGGCUCGUUUCUGUUUCGGAGCGCUGGAGGCGACGCAGCCCAGCUCAGACGGCUUACUACGAAGGCCUUGCCCAAUCAGAACAAGCAAAGGUCGAUGGGUGCGACGGGAUUUCGUUCAAGGAAUACGUCGACCGAGCAACUGCCACGCCUUGGGCCCUGCCAUCUCGGGAAGAAGCCCGUCGGAAGGUUAGGCGGGAAGCAGCGCUAUGCAGCAUGCGCGAGAUGGAGGGACACAACGUGUGGAAGUGCGGCGCAGGGAUUGCUUGCAUGAGUUCUGCCUUGCGGCCCGACUUCGUGGUUGACUGGGCGGACGAACGAGUUGAGGCUUCGGCGUGCGCGUCCUUCUCGUACGACCCCCGCGUGCUGACGGCGUCUGGGCCGAUGCCAGCCGACGAAGUGUGCUGCAUGAAGUACGGCGGCCUUUGCGAGACAGACGACGUGGUCGACCAAUGCGGCACGUCGCCCAAGAACUUCUACGCUGCUUUGGCGAGGCUUGGCCUGAUUCACGCUGGCCCCUUGCCCGUGCACAUCUUUGUUCCAGGAGCCGAGGGGGCAGGGCAGCGCGUACUCUAUUGCAGGUUGUUCGGGAAAGGCGAGGCGGCGUACUUCCUGAACGCGCGCGCGCCGCCUGGUCGCGACCUCGAUCGCGCCGCUACUGUGGCUGUUGACGGUCGCGGGCGUGCAGUUACCCGUACUUGGCAUCUCGUCUUUCGGAACGUUCUCUUGGACAGCGCCAUCGCACUUGGCGUAUCGGCGUCAGAGAUCCACCAUGCAUCGGUGAUUGCAUGGCGAGGCGACGCGGACCCCGAAGCUGACAUGUUGAUCUUCGAGAAGCGAGUCCUGGUUAUGAACGAGUCGUUGCUGGUGGCCGAGGUCGAGAAGCCGCAUCGGGAAAAAAAUGAUGUGCUGCCUUUCGGCAUCAAGCCGAAGAAAGUGGUCGUAGCUCAGAAGGCGACGGCCGCCGCAGCUGGUUCCGAUGACCAUGGUCACCACAGCGGCCACGGCGACGGUGAGCACGCUGCCGCUGAGCCAGGGCCGCACAGCGACGAGUCUGACCCAGAGGGCAUGGACGAGGCCGCCCCCGACAUGGGCAGCGAUUUCGACGAGGGCA